AUGGACACAAGUAGAAGACUUCAAUUACCUGCACUAAACUUCCUGGACGCGCGGACCGACGAAAACCCCCAGAACCGAUCAAUGGAAUCAUCUGCACCAAGCCACCCUGCCGGCAAAGCAUCCGCAGAAACGCCAUAUACCUACGCAGAUUCAGCGUCUCGAGCAGCACCGCUGCUGCCCGCCGGAACAGCCGGUGGUGCAUGGCCAGCCAGCAAUCCUCUAUUUCAGACUCCUCCAGAGUCACGAAGAUCAAGUGGUGAUGAGAAGACGGGAAACAAAGCGGCCAUCAGGCAAUCACUGCCGUCCUUGUCGGAGAUCAUGGGUGGGGACAGAUCAAAUUCCUUCUCGAAGAACGUCCCGCCUCCGCCUGGUCUGUUGUCGAAUCAAAUACAACACAGCAAGAGCACGAAUCCGUCACCUGCCUCACCUGUAGUACCAUCGGUCACAUCAUCGAGUACCGCGACAUACCCUCCUUACACCGUGCCUCGUGCAGACUCGUGUAUCAAAUCUACAUUCCCGUCGAUCCAGACGCACAAAUCGGCAUACGGAUCUGUCGAUGAGGCGCGAGGAACGUCGGCAGUGCAUGUCGUCCGUCCGGGUUCACAUCUUCCGACACUCUCGGGUCCUCUCGAGCGAUCCCCCGUGCAUGAUCCUGUACAGGUCCCUCACGCAACACAUCCCAUGCCUCCACCCGGCAUGGCCUAUGGUCAACCGCAAUACCCUCCCAGACGGGACGAAUCUCACCAACAACCCAGUCUAGGACCAAUCUAUCAGCCUUCUGUAAUGCACAACGCACCUGCCGCCAACUUGCCUGCCUGGAAAUCUGAGAAUGGGGAUUACAGCCCCAUGCAGCGACACGAUGGCCACAAGGACACAGUCAAGAGGCAUCUGGAUUCACAGCAUCUGGAGUAUGCUCUUAACGAGAUCUCUCAUACCAGUGGCAUUCUCUCGGAUUUUGCUCGCCGUUACGGAGAUCAAGUAUAUGCCAAUCAAAGGACCUUGGCCAACCUUCCCAGUAUCGUGGAGGUUGAUGACAUGGCCGCCAAAACUAAGGUUCAGCUGGACCAAUUGCUGAGCAUUCGUGACCAUGUCAUCAACCAACAGCAAGCGAUUUACGACUACCAGGUCGCCGACCAACAUGCAUCGCGGGCUGGUCUUCCAGAAAAGCACAGAAUGCCUGCUGAACAUUCGCCGUAUGACAAUGACGACAAGAACAGCUUCCAGGGAGACCCCAAAAAGCCUCGACGUGGUCGCGCUGCGCCGCCCGGCCGCUGCCACAGUUGCAACCGGGCCGAGACCCCGGAAUGGCGUCGCGGUCCUGAUGGCGCACGUACACUUUGCAACGCCUGUGGUCUACACUAUGCCAAGCUCACGAGGAAGAACAACAAUAACAACAACUCCAACAACAGCAACAGCACCAACAAGCAAGUCGCGGGCAUGGUUGGAUCAAACCUUCGACCAAAGGACCCCAUGACGCAAUGA